AUGGCCAGGAAGAGAUCUCACGCGUCAAAGAAAUCAAAUAGUGUUAAAGAUCCAAAGCCAGAUUCAAUUCCAAUGGAUUCAGAGGAUGAAUUCCAUCAUCAAAAUGACAGAAUCGACUUUGGUCAUAAUUCUCCUUCUGAUGAUGAUUCUGAUAACGAGGAGGAAGUUUAUGGUUUAAAGGGCGUUGACGAUGAGGAUGAAGAUGACAAUGAUGAUGAUGACGACGACGACGAUGUUGAUAUGGGCGAUUACCAAGAUGUUCCAGACGAUAACAUCAACUUGGAUCACACCAACGACAACUCCGAUCACUCUGACAACUCCGAAGAAAACUCGGAUGACGCUUCCAAACUCAAAUCUUGGGGUUCUCGUCAAUCUGCUUAUUACUCACGUCAGGAUGAAAAUGAGAGCGAUGACGACGAAGAUACUGAGCAAAAUCGCAAACUCGAACAAGAAGAGGCUUUGAAAUUACAAAAGUCUUCAAGGCAGGAUUGGUCUUGGGAUGACGUUAAAGAUAUCGGUGGUGUGGUUGAAGAUGAAGGCAAUCAAGAUACAGCAGUUGAUUUAGAUGAACCAGAAGACAAUACAGCCUAUAUUGACACAAGCGAUCUAUCUCACUCUGAUAAAUUAGCUCUACUACAAAAAACUUCUCCUGAAACACUUGCCUUAUUGACAGAUUACGAGGAUAUUCUUAGCAAAUUAAGAGAAACUGAAGAGUUCAUCGCAAAGCGCAAAAAGGAAGAUAUAAACCAUCCUGCUUUAGGAUUGCUCUACGUCUACCACCAAACUCUCCUCACUUAUGCUCCUCUACUAACCUACUUCCUCUGUCUAAGAGCUUCACCAGCGUAUGCACACGAUAGAAUAAAGUUGCUUCAACAUCCCGUUCUCAAUCGUAUGGUCACUCUCCGUGAAGGUCUCUCACGUAUGGAGGAUCUAGGUUUCGGUCCCGGCGAUGAACAAGCUAUACCGGAAGAUGACGAAGAGGAUCAGCAAGAUAUUCGCAAUAUGGUUCGCGAAUGGGCAGCUCACAAGCAAGAUGAUGUUGACGAUGAUGUCGAUAACUCACUUGAGCAGGGUGAGCUUGAAGGUCUGAUGGUGGAUGAAAGUGAAAAUGUUGCACCACCUAAGAAAGAUAAGAAGGAUAAGAAGAAGAGUAAGAAGAAUUCUUCAAACAACUCCAAUCUUAUACAUCAAGUCGAUGAAUCGGCAUUCGAGUACAAACCAUCAACCUCGAAAUCUAAUAAAAAGGAUUUGCAGAGAAAUACAGACGAUGAUUACCUUGGAGAAGCUGACACAUUAUCAACACUCGAUGCGGAAUCCAAGAAGAAGAAUAAGAAAUCGUUGCAAUUCCAUACAGCAAGAAUAGCUAAGACGGACAACCGUCGUAGUGCAGCAUCGAAGCAGCGUCAGAGUGGUGAUGACGAUGUACCAUACCGUGAACGUAAGAAGGCUCGUCUAGAAAAGGGUGGAAAGAGUGCCGAGGGAGAUGAGCUAGAUGGAGGAGAAUGGACAGCACAGGAUGAAGCCACACGUCGUCAGAUAAUGAAUGAAGAUGAGGGAUUAGGUGAUGGUGGAGACGGUGGUGAUGGCGAUGACUAUUACAACCUCGUCCGACAAAGCAAGAAGGCUAAAAAGGAAGCAAAGAAAGAGGAAUAUGAUGAUGCAAGAUGGAAGAAUAGGGUUGACUACGUUGAUGAGAGUGGAGUUGAUGGACCACGUUCACUUCCACGUGAUAUUGCAUUGAAUAAGGCGGUUACACGCGCGCGUUCAUUUAAGCACUCCAAGUUAAACCGUAAUCCACGUCUGAAGAAGAGGAUUAGAUUCGAUCAAGCACAGAAGAAGAUCAAGUCGAUGAAGCCUGUUUAUCAGGGUGGACAAGAAGGACAGUAUGAAGGAGAGAGAAGCGGAAUAACGCGGAAUGUGAAAUCGACUAAGUUAUAG